GUUAGAAACCCAAGUUCCUGUGCAUUCUCUUUUGUCUUGACAUUUCGGCGUCAGAAAAGUGAAAAAACUGCAGAAAUAAUGUGAAAAAACUCUAUUUUAAGGCUGUACGACCACAAAUUAUACGAGUGCGUCGUUCCAGCAUUACAAUUAAGUCGAAAAAUCCACCGCAAAAGUUAAAACGUAAAGGAAAACAGUUAGAAACCCAAAUUCUUGUGCAUUCUCUUUUGUCCUGCUAUUCUUGGCGUCAGAAGAGUGAAAAAAACUGCAGAAAUAACGUGAAAAGGCUAUAGAUCACGGUUCUAUAUGCAAGUCGAUCCGAAAUCAUAAAUAUUAGUUGGCACGCGUGUGAUUACUACAUUACAUUGUACAAGGUUCCUGUUGAAUAAAACUGCAGUGGACUCUCCGCAAAAGUAAAAAACAUGGCCUGGUCAUUCGGGACUAUGGAAACCUGCAGUAUGUCGUGGAUGAAUCGCUGCUGCAACAGCAGCGGGUGCACUACCACCACAUCCGGAACUAUGCCGACUUCAUGGCCUGCAAUCGGGCGCUGAUCGAGCAGGUACAGCUGAUGCUCAAGGAGAACUCCCAGUUCCUGGCCAUUGGCGGUGACCAUGCGAUUGGGUUUGGUUCCGUGGCUGGUCACCUGCAGCACACACCGAACCUGUCGCUGGUCUGGAUCGAUGCGCACGCGGACAUCAACCUGCACAGCACCUCGCAGUCAGGCAACAUCCACGGCAUGCCCGUGUCCUUUCUGCUGGAGCAGCUGCGCACCACCUGGCAGCAUGCUGGCCUCCAAGAGAUCGCUCCCAACUGUUUGCCCAAGGAUCAGUUGGUUUACAUCGGUCUAAGGGACAUUGACCCCUACGAGGCGUUCAUACUGAACAAAGUUGGGAUACGCUACUAUGCGAUGGAUACCAUUGACCGCGUGGGCGUGCCCAAGAUCAUUGAGAUGACGCUGGACGCCCUGGAUCCGCAGAACAAGAUCCAUGUUAGCUUCGACAUCGACGCUUUGGACAGCAAUGUGGCGCCCAGCACUGGAACAGCGGUGCGCGGCGGGCUGACAUUGCGCGAGGGCAUCAGCAUUGUGGAGGCACUAAGGGACACCAAGCGGGUACAGGGCGUCGAUCUGGUGGAGAUAAACCCCAAGUUGGGCAGCGACCGGGACGUCCGAACCACCGUAGAGUCCGGCCUGGAGAUUCUGAAGAGCAUGUUCGGCUACCGACGGUCCGGAAAGUGGAGCAACAUCGACACGGGCAUCCUGGGGAGCGACUAGGACCAACUUAUCCAUAUUAAUGUACAACAUAUCUUGUAUUUUUAUAUUAAUGAGGGAAUACAAAAACUUA